GAUAGGACUAGGGCGAAAUAAACAUGCUAAUAACAUGCUAAUAACAUGCUAAUAACAUGCUAAUAACACGAUAGAGGCGCUGUAUAAAAGCACUUAAUAAAUGCUAAAAUUGUAACUGUAUAGGAUUUCAAGUCCUGUCUGUGUUUACUGAACAGAGGAAGAUAGCACAAAGUCUACCGAUGUAUCAGAUACUUUCAAUCUCCGGUGUAUCCGAUGUACAAGACAGAAGUCUGGACGUCCACUUCGGAGAUAGGCAUCUUCCUCAUCGCAUGUAUCAACACCAUCUCCUGUCUUCUAACUUGCAAGCCAAUAGAGAUCGGUAAAAACCUGAGCCUGACCCACGACUGUCCCGACCGUAACGGGGACUUCUUUGUUUGGCAGUACGACAGCGCUGAGUAUCCGUGUAACAAAAACUCCAAGGCUGAAGUGUCGUACGACGAAAGUCUUCGCAAGAGCACCUUCGUCCUUCGCAACGUCAGCAUCGACCUUGGCAGGAAAAACAUCCAGAUCGUUGUCCCGAGAACAGGUUUCAAGUCUGGAUGUCUCAUUGAGCCGUACCACAAGCCAGAGUCGGCCGUUUGCCGAGUCAUGCAGACCAACCAGAAGUCAGUCCGCUUCGAGUGCAGUUCGUCCAAAGUGUACCCGGGUUUGCAAUGCGAUGUCAAUUACUGGGAACAACUUUCACGUAAAUCUGCCAAGGUUAAUCACACAGGCUGGAGUAAAGCGAACUCUGACCUAGGAAACGGUUUCAAAAACGUUACUUGUUCCAUUGACAUUCAACUCCCAGAUUACGGUACCUAUGUGUUUUUUGGGGUGCUAGCUCCAACACUUUCGUCCUUUGUCUAUGGCACGGCAGUCCCAGCAAAAGCUACAGAGCCUCUUAUGUUGAAGAACUAUAAUAGGACUUUAGUCGUCUACAGAACAACGCCCCUAGGUCCAACACGAGUUUGUCAUGAUUCUAAACUCUCCGUGCACUUCAUCUGCGAAGCGCGAAAUUUCAGCAAAAAGCCUAAUAUCCACUGGAGAGUAGGCAACGAACAGUAUAGUGGGGACGUUUACUCCAACGGGUCCAAUUAUGUUUCCAUGUAUUCCUUCCAAGCCUCAUCGAUACAUUCAGGAACCAGAGUUUUCUGCUUAGGAAUGGAAUUCGACGAUUUAUCCAUAAAUGGAGUGGACCUGGGUUUGAGCUGGGUUGAAAGUACUUCAGUGCUAGGUCAUUUAGUCUCUCUCCAAAAGGUGGGGUACAAUGCUAAUACAGUGAACUCCUUGAGAUAUACAAAUGUGUCCGUUGUGUGCAAUGUGACAGGCGGGGGAUAUUUCAUAGCCAAGAUUCGCGUUACAUGUGAAAGUAAUCGAACUCUUAUUGAGAAAGAGUCGCCAGGUGCUGAAGUAUCUGCAAGUUUUAGUGUAGGAGCAGGAUACAGCUCGGUCAAAUGCCUUUGUUCAGCUUCUCACAGACUCAACUGCUCGGUAUUGAGUUUCAGUUUCAACAUUAAUCUUACCUCUCAAUUCACUGCCAGAUAUAAUAACGAGAAAGACUCCGGGCUAGUGGAUCAGACUAAAUUUAUUAUUCUUCUAGCCUGCACAGGGGCAGUCUUUCUCCUCCUCACUGCCUUCAUCGUCUUCACCUUAGCCAAAAAGAAAAGAUGCUGCACUUUCCAACGCCAGGCUGGCAAUAGCCAUUACGAGGACAUAUAUAUCAAUAGGCAACUGCAUAGACAUCAUAAACCAGCAUGCCCGGAAGUAAGAGUUCUCCCAGAGCAGCAAAGGGUUUGUGAAAAUGAGUACGCCUCCUUGUAUGUAAACACACAAGAUCUUUGUAACAGGUCCACCUAAUAGCUAGACUAGGUCAUCAAGAACAAAAGUAGUGUCAUGAGCUAGUGUAGUAUCUCACAGUUACACGUAAAGCCGAAGAAAGAUGCGCAUCCUGGAGAAAAUCGGCACAGCAUCUCAGCAUUGCCUAUUAAUCGGCAUCUUCAGCAGUUCUUGUCGUGAUAGAUGUUCUUUCAAUGCACAUCGGAGAGAUGAAGCAGUCACCGGACCAACCAUCAAUACCAACUGAAACUUGUCUAAAGUACAGUGUAUGCACUCUUACAUUGCAGCGUAUGUCUACCAUUAGCAAGGAGGAAGAUUUCAACAGGAUGACGCUUUGCUUCCCAAGAAAGAAAUCAAACUGUAUGAAAAACAGUCGUAUUCACAUCAAAAUGAAAAGGUGCUACUUAUUUUUUAAAUAUAAAUAUUUAUAUACAUAAAACUAAAGGUUUUAUAAAUAUUUCAGUCAUCUAAUUUGUUUUUAUAGUAUUUACCAAUUAGCUUCGGAUCCGAAGACAAGCCUUAUGUAUAUAUUUACCAGUAUAUACCAACAUUUCAUUAAAUAACUUCAGCAUUAAUCUGGCAUCGUUUUUGUAUUGGCAUAUAUUACAAUGCUCAAGAAUUUCUUUCAGAAUUUCCCAUUUAAUUCAAUGCUUCAAGGUCUGUAACCACUGAUGCACCACAAGUGAACUAUCUGCAGUCACGUGUACUUACCUUUUAGAACCAAUGGGGCGCCACAAGUGAACUUUUCAUAUUCAAGUGUCCCUACCAUUUUUCCUCAUUCGGGCACAAGUGAGAAUACCAACUAGAUUGUUCCAUUCCUUUCUUGUUUUUUGCCUUGCUCAGUACCGUGCAGCUCAUGUCCGCUCAUUUCUCUAUGAUGUCUUCCAUCGUUUGUCUUCCUUUCUACUUUUAUCCUGGUACAGUUCCUUGCAGGAAUGUAUUAGCAACUACCGAGUUUCUUUAACAAAAACAAAGCCCUGCCAUUUGAAUUUGCUUUUUGCAGAAUAUGAUUAUUAUUUAAUUAAUAUUAUUUAGAAAAAAAAAAGUAAAGUUCCCCUUUCAGACCGUGUUGUCUAUUGAGCAGAUGAUAUAAAGGUCAUUUGCUUCUGUGUCCCACAGUUAACGCCUUUACUUUCCCCCAACUAAUGUUAGGUACUCAUUAGAGGUGGGUGAACUCAGAGGCGCCCGAAGAUUCCGAAAUUAAAAGUCCCAAUCUUCACCAGGAUUAGAGCCCCGGACCCCGGUUCGAAAGCAAAGCACUUGAACACUCAGCCACCACGCCUCCAAUAAACACUAUUAUAGAACAAAUAAAUCUACAUUGAAAGCUAUUCGACCUUCCAACUUCAAUACCGUCUGAAUCCUAAUCUCUUUAUUACCUGGGUGUUUUAAAUUUGAGAUUUUUAAGUGUUGAAAACAAAUGUGUAAGUAGUCCGUAAUAAUGCAUCUAAAAUUGUCUUGAAUGUAUGCGGUGAAUUGUCAUAAUGGAGGGCAAAACUAUAAAAAGUGAGCUUGUAAGUCUGUCACACGUACACUAUCGCAAGUGAGCUUGUAAGUCUGUCCCACAUAUAGAAUACCAAAAGUGUUGAUAAACCACAUGUUGAUAACAUUUCUCAUGUGCACCUGUUAGCACAACAAAUGUGCUAGAAUUUCUGCUUUGGCCAUUAAAAAAAAUAAAGUUGAAUAAAAAAAAAAUUGUUUCGUAAAAUUGUCUUAGAAAUUUUGAUUAUUAGUUAAGUACAGUGACUACUUAAUUAAUCAAACAUCCUUGACAUUGUUAGUUUGGUUAUGUAUUUCAAAAUCUCUACCCGCCUUCCUUUUUUAAACUGUAUUUUCUCUAACAUAGAUCCAGAGGUCUGUGGAUACAUCAUUAUUAUUUAUUUUGUAUUGACUCUCAUUGUAUUUGAUUGCUUUUGCUGUAAGCCAGAUAUUAUGUACGUGGAAAUAAAGAGCUGGUUACUGUGAUAAAUUAGUGUACUGAAACACAUAAUAAUUGCACAAAUACAUUUUACCUCUGUGA